AUGCUGCCCUGCAAAGUAUGUGGUGGCUACUCACCUUAUGCAGAUACCCAGAUCUCACCUGACCGUGACUUUUGUAAAUGUACCAUGCGGAUUUUCUCACAUGCUGAGGAAGAUCUCGAUGAAGGAUUGGAAUUGUUGCAUCUUCAAAAUCGUCAAUUCGAAUUACAGGACGACGUCAUGAAAUUGUCUGAGAAAAUGCACUGUCUAGAUUCGUCGAAUCCAAUGGAACACGACGUUGACGAUCAUUUAAAAGUUCCACCCUCUCUCCAGAAAGGACCAUCGAAACUGACGCAUUGUGAAAAAAACUCCAUUUCUCUUAAGAGACCGGGAGUACGGCCAGGAACUGCUCCUCCCGGAGGCCUGAUAAGUGAAAUGUACCUUAAAAAAGAGCAAAUGUUUGGUCUGCCUUUUUAUGUGGACCUACAGGAUAUACGUGAGGAGAUUGCAAUGUUGCACAGGAAAUUUGACAAAGAGCUGAAGAGCAUGCGUGAUGUCUUGUUUGGCAACAUUGGUAAGGCGAUUAGGCCAAUUGAGACACCAAAGGCACCACCACAUACCGAGGGCAAGGAAAAUACAGUGCCUGGAACCAUACUAAGUGAGGCUCAGCAGGCCCUCAUCGAUGCUACUAGGCGGAGGAGGAUGUUUGAGACUAGUGUAGCAAACUGUGAGCGAUCGCGUGCACAACGCAAUGUCUUUGACAUUCUGGGACACUUGGAUGAGGGAGACAAUGACGUUCUGCGCAUAAGAGCUCUGCUUGAUGAUGCCGUGAAUAAUUUAGAGGCUCUACAGAAACCGCAGAAAUUAGUUCCUCCGAAAGCCUCAAUGCUCUCCAAUCGCCUUGCUCGUUUAAGUGCUCCAAAACAGUUCAAAAAUGCAUCGAGGCAACCACAAAAGCAUACCAAUCAACGACCUUUAUCAGUGCCUCCAACAUCAGAAACUGCAAUGACGACUUCUCCAUACAGAAGAUCUACUGGUAUAGCAGAGCUUGUCGACUUUUCCACAACCAAAACUACCACCGCACCGCUUAUGCAGCGACCUAAAGUUAUCCUUGCAUCGAACACUUCGUCAAAAGCUAAACUGACACCAAGUGACUUGAGGGAGAUAGUGGAUGCUGCACUAAAGGAUCACUUGACGCACCAAUUGCCACCGACUGAAUCCGUUCUGGUUCAGUCACAACUUCGAGAUGUUAAUGUUGGAAUAUCGAGCCAAGAAUUUAUGAAGGAGGAGGCGUUGAGUCCGAUUCAUUCAGCGGAAAAAAUUUUCCUAAUCGACAGGGCUUCCAGUCCCAAACCAACCACAGCGCCACCAGAAAUAGUUUCACGCGGAAACUCAGUACAAUCCAUUGAGAAACCGCGAACUUCGUGCUCACCUUCGAUAACAUCAGAAGUCAUUGGUGUGUCGCAGAAAUUGGGGUCAGGGACACAAUCGCCAAUCUUAGCUGAUGCUGAAGUAGUUUCGACGUCAGUGACAUUGCCAAAGGUUGAGAAGAGUGCGGAAAGUGAGGAGGGAGAGAGUUUAAGCUUGACAGAACCGCACACCUUUAGUGAUGGUGUUUGGUUGGACGCGGAUCGAUCUGAGGGUGAAGCAGGAGGCGUCACCGUACUUGGGGCUGAAGAAGUUGCCGAUUUGGCAAGAGAAUUGGGUCCUUUACCUUCCUCAAGUGAAACAUCUGGGCUGACAAAUUCAGGAUCAGAGGCUUCAAGAGGUCAAAGUGAAGGUGAACUUACUCUUGAUCAAAUUAACCGCCAUCUGGGUGCUUGGGUAGCUCCCUGGCGAGAUCCUCUCCUCCACCUUAUUGCGCUCAAUGCAGCUGGGAGAAAUUCACGAUUGCCCUGGAAUCAGCAGCAUAAGAUUCAAAAAGUGGCACAAGCACUAGAACGUCGUGGAGCCAACCAGGCGCCAGCUCAUGCUGAAGUCUGUUGCAGCUCCACCGAAGAUCUCACCUGGGUAGAGGGCAUGGCGACAAAAGUGGUUGUUACUUCACCUCCCUCCACUCCAACGAAUGGUGAAAAGUCUGUCGGUGAGGUCAUUCUACCCACCGCGGUAAGGCAGCAGUUGCGGCGAGCCAUUCUUGCCAAGUCCUCACAGAGGAUGCGUCAACGCUCUGCCAGUCUCUUUGACGGUAGGAUGAUGACAAAACCUGUAAAAACCUUUUUGAGCAUCUUAUUUUAG